AUGGCUCUGCCUCUGCUAAUUUGGCAGGCAGAGGCGAAAGGCGGCUCCAGCGGAGGCGGCUACUCUGGCGGCUCAUUUGGAGGUGGUGGCUACGCGUACAGUGGUGGCUACUAUUCCAGCGGAGGUGUCAUCUCAAACCGCGCAAUGUUUGCGACUGCCGGUGCUUUCGGUGCCAUUGUGCUGCUAAAUGCCGGCGUCCGCCGCCGCUACGGCGUCUGGCAUGAUGAUUCAGACAGCUCUAACUGCUUGCUGGCGUCUGAGUCGGAAAUGAUCUCCGCGUGUUCGAACUUGAUGCCAAACGAGACGGCUUGCCAUGACUGCAUGGCCUGCGAGAGCGAGACGUGCAUGAAUAGGAUCAACAACUGCGACGACUUUCUCUCCACGGCCUUUACCGAAUGCUGCACCGACGAGUGCGAUGAUGGCGGUGGUGCUGUGAUUGGUGCCAUUGUCGGCGUGGUCGUGACCGGCCUGAUAUGUAUGUGUGCCUGCGCCGUCGCUUUCAAGGUGAUUGGCAAGGCAGGUGCUGCUGUUCAACAGGGCGGCGGUGGGGAUCCUGGCAACCCUUACGGCUCAGCAACGCCCUACGGCGCGAAUGGUGCUCCUUACGGGGCGGCCCCCGGCCAAUACCAGGUGCCAGCUCCUGUCAACUACGCAGGAGGAGGCGGUGUUGUUCAAGGUCGUGUUGUAGGUUUCCAGAACAAGGAAACCUAA